AUGGCCCGUCUCUAUGCCUGGGUAAUCUGCGCGUACCGCAGAAAAGACCUCUCCGAAGAGGCCUACCAUGAAUACCUCAGCAAUCACCACUCCAACGUCGUCAAACACCAUUUAGCGAAGUCGGGAAUGGUUAGCUACAGCAUUACCCAUAAUACAUCCGAAACAAAAGCCAUGACUGCACGCGUGCUCGGUGAUAACCCCCAGACGCAAAAGUCCACAGCAGACUGUGACUGUCUCGUGCAAAUCACUUUCCAUGAUAUAGAGGACUAUCUGAAGGCGAGGAAUGAUCCGUACUAUCGGGAUGUGAUUGUUCCUGAUCAUCAGCAUUUUGCGGAUAGUGAGAAGACAGUGUUCUUUACUGGUUGGGUGGAGACUUUUGUAGUUAAUGGACGGGUGGUCUAG